CCAGGAGCUGUGUGUAUGUUACAGAUCUGAGCGAAGAUGCCUCACCAACACCCAGCCCUCACCACCGAGCAGAAGAAGGAGCUCUCCAGCAUUGCCCAGAGGAUCGUCGCCCCGGGAAAGGGGAUCCUCGCUGCUGAUGAAUCCACUGGGAGCAUGGCGAAGAGGAUGUCGAGUAUCGGUGUAGACAACACAGAGGAGCAUCGCCGAUAUUACCGUCAGAUCCUCUUCCAGGGGACUGAGAAGGUCAAGGAGUACAUCGGGGGCAUCAUCUUCUUCCACGAGACCCUGUACCAAAAGACCGACGAUGGCUCCACUUUUGUGAAGCUCAUCAAGGAUAAGGGCAUCAUUCCUGGCAUCAAGGUUGACCUGGGCGUAGUUCCUCUUGCAGGAACCAGUGGAGAGACAACUACUCAGGGUCUGGACGGGCUGAAUGAACGCUGUGCCCAGUACAAAAAGGAUGGGGCUGACUUUGCCAAGUGGCGUUGUGUCCUGAAGAUUACUGACACCACCCCGUCUGCCCUCGCCAUCAUGGAGAAUGCCAAUGUCCUGGCUCGAUAUGCCAGCAUCUGCCAGCAGAACUGCAUUGUUCCUAUUGUGGAGCCAGAGAUCCUCCCUGACGGUGCCCAUGAUCUAAAACGAUGCCAGCACGUCACAGAGAAGGUGCUAGCUGCUGUUUACAAGGCUCUGAGCGACCACCACAUUUACCUUGAAGGAACCCUGCUCAAACCCAACAUGGUGACCCCCGGGCACUCCUGCACACAGAAGUACAGCUCUGAGGAAAUUGCUAUGGCCACAGUGACCGCCCUGAGACGCACAGUACCCCCUGCAGUACCAGGUAUCACCUUCCUGUCUGGAGGUCAGAGCGAGGAGGAAGCUUCCAUCAACCUGAACGCCAUCAACAAGUGUCCCCUGCACAAACCAUGGGCUCUGACCUUCUCAUAUGGACGUGCCCUGCAGGCCUCCGCUCUGAAGGCCUGGUCUGGGAAGAAGGAGCAAACCAAAGCAGCUGAGGCAGAGUUUAUCAAGCGAGCUGAGGCUAACGGACUGGCUGCCCAGGGGAAAUACACUGCUACAGAGCAGGCAGGAGCAGCUGCGGGCCAGUCCCUGUUCAUUGCUGGCCAUGCUUACUGAGGGGGCCAUCGCCACAGAGGGUCAGGCUUUUCGAAGGUCGUGCGGCCACUCCUGGCUGACCCC